UGGGAACAGACCUUAUACUCCCUGAGACGCCACCGGAGAAGGACAGACUCUAAUUUUUCAGCAAUGCCAAACCUGGGUGGAGGCGCCAAGUGCGGAGCCUGCGGCAAGACGGUUUACCACGCCGAGGAGAUACAAUGUAACGGGAGGAGCUUCCACAAGCCGUGCUUCAUCUGCAUGGUAUGCAGGAAAGCCCUGGACAGCACCACAGUGGCAGCGCAUGAGUCUGAGAUAUACUGCAAAUCUUGCUACGGUCGGAAGUACGGCCCCAAGGGAUACGGGUAUGGACAAGGAGCUGGCUGCCUGAGCACCGAUACCGGAGAGAGAUUUGGCAUCGAAGUGGCUCAGACCCACCCGUCCCGUGGCUCCCCGACCACCACACACUCCUCCAAGUUUGCACAGAAGUCCGGUGCCACGGAGAAGUGCCCCAGAUGUGGGAAAUCCGUCUACGCUGCUGAGAAAGUUAUUGGCGGGGGAAGGCCCUGGCAUAAAACCUGCUUCCGCUGUGCGCUGUGCGGGAAGAGUCUGGACUCCACCACCGUGACGGAGAAGGAUGGAGAAAUCUACUGCAAAGUUUGUUACGCUAAGAACUUUGGUCCAAAAGGGAUCGGGUUCGGAGGCCUGACACAGGUGGAACAAAAAGAAGGAUGA